AUGGGGCCCGCGAUGGGGCCCCCCAUGGGGCCCCCCGUCACAAGCAACCCAAGGGAUAGGGGCCCCCAGGAGGGGCCCCUCCACCCCCAGUAUAGAGAGACAGAUAGACAUGCGAUCAGGGCCCCUACGCUCCUCACCGGGGCCCUGAGGCCCCCCCCAGACACUCCAGCAGCAGGAGCAGUGUUGCAGCUAGAGGCCCCACCCGAGCCUCACGGGGGGCCCCCAGGGGGCCCCCCAGGGGGCCCCCCAGGGGCCCCCCCGGGGGCCUCCCCAGACCUGUCUGGGGGGCAGAGUGUGAUGGGGGCCCCUGCAGCGUCUACAUGCUUCAGGAGCUCUCCCUCUAUCGUUCGCUCUGGGGGCCCCCCUGGGGGGCCCCUCGCGGUCCCCCAGGGGCCCCCCCAGGGGGCCCCCCAGGGGGCCCCUCUGGGGGCCCCUCAGGGGGGCCCCCUUGGGGCCCCCCCCAGGUUUUCUAGGGCCCCGUUGCCUGCGUUUGAUGCUCUUGCUGCGCUGCUGGCUCCCCCCCUGAAUGAGGAGAUGAAGCUGCUGAGCGGAGACAGUGCAGCAGCAGCAAAAGAAGGGGGGGCCCCCCUGACGAAGGGCCCCCAGACGGUGGCUGGGGUGUACAUGGAGGCGGCCUUUCCCUCGGGGGCCCCUGUCAAUACAGCGCAAGGGGGGGCCCCCAAUAGAGAGAACCCUCAGCAGCAGCUUGCUGCUGUCGCUGCUGCUGCAGCACACACAACCCUCAGUACCCUGCAGCCUGGGGGGCCCCCCCCUGUCUUGCGUUUACCCUGGAAAGGCGAUGGGGGGCCCCCAGAGGGGGACGGGGGGCCCCCUGAGGGGCCCCCUGAGGGGCCCCCCGAAGGAGAUGGGGGCCCCCAAUCAGCGGAGCUUCAUGCUGCUGCUGCUGCAGCUACCGCUGCAGCAACUGAUGCUGCUGCUGCAGAUAGUCCUGCUGCAGCAAGUGCUGCUGCUGCUGCUGCAGCAACUGCAGCAGCAGCAGCAGCAGAUGCAACUGAUGGUGCUGCUGCAGAUAGUCCUGCUGCAGCAACUGCUGCUGCUGCUGCUGCAGCAACUGCAGCAGCAGCAGCAGCAGAUGCUGUCUCCGCUCUGCUGCUGAGCCCGCAGCAGCAGCAGUCUCCCCUCACAAUCGAUGCUGCUGCUGCUGCUCUUGCUGCUGUUCGUAUAACUCCAGCAGCAGCACUGCGUAGAGAAGCAGCAGCAGCAGCAGCACCACCCUCAGCAGCAGCAGCAAAAGCAUGCGUAGAGAAGCAGCAGCAGCAGCAGCACCACCCUCAGCAGCAGCAGCAAAAGCAGCAGAAGCAACAGAAGCAGGAGCGGAUGCUGUUGCUGCUGCUGGUGCAGCUGUAG